AUGUCCAACUCGCAGGUCGGCAACGUCUAUCAGCAGAUCAUCAACGAUGUCCUCGAAGCUUCGCGAGUCGAUUUCGAGGAAGGCGGCGUGGACGAGGGUGUUUUGGAUGAACUAAAGAGGGGAUGGCAGAAGAAGCUCUCCCAACAGCAGUUGGCGACGUUUCCCUGGGAUCCGAAGCCAGACGCCCCUGCUCCCCCGCCCCCGGCUCCUGUUGUUGCUGUUGCACCGGCCCCUGAGCCUAUUCCUCAAGUUAAUGGCUCUUCAUUCAUCCAGGAACAUGUUCCUCAAAUUCAACAGCCUCAAGGUCUUACCAUGCCUAUGGCUGGUGGUCAGCCUUCUAAUGGUUCUGGGGUCAAACCCGAACCUAGCGUCAAGACAGAGCCUGGCCUUGACAAUGGAUCCAUGAUGACCCAGCAAAGUGGUCCCGCCGUUGUACAAGAGCGGGUAUCUCAACAGCUCCAGUCCAUGUAUGGUGACCGCGCAGCAGCUUCCAUCAACAAGCUAAGAGAGCAGUCAUUUCCUCAGAACCAACAGAGGCCCGGUAAUCAACCUAUCCCGCCCAACUAUCAGGGCCAAUAUCAGCAGGGUCACCCUCAACAGCAAUACCGACCUGGCAUGACCCCUAUUCCACAACAGCAGCAACAGCAGCAGCAGCAGCGCAUGACCAUGCCAAAUGGACAGAGACCUCCCCCCUCUCAGCUGGAUGGCGCAGAUGAUGCCGAAUCUCAUGUCGGUGUUGUUAUGCGUCGUACUUCUGCCGGUGAAAAUGUGGAAAUGGGACGAGUUCAGAUUGACAACCUGCUCCACGCCCAGAUUGCGGCCAGGGCUAAGGCUAUGGAAGGUGGUGGCCUGAUGCUACCCCUUAAGCGCAAAGGCAAGGAUCAAGCUGUCUCACAGCAUAGUAUACCCCAGUCCGGCGGUAUCUCCCAGUUUGAUGGUACGGAUGAUGGUGUGAAAGACGAAGGAGACGAUGACGCAGACGCCAUCAAUUCAGACCUCGAUGAUCCCGACGAUAAUAUUGAAGAUGAUGAUGAAGAUGAGGAUGGCGGCCAGAUCAUGCUCUGCAUGUACGACAAGGUUCAGCGAGUCAAGAACAAGUGGAAGUGUGUUCUCAAGGACGGCGUUCUAAGUGUUAACGGCAAGGAUUACGUAUUCCACAAAGCGACUGGCGAGUACGAAUGGUAA